AUGGAUGAUGAGGGGAAAAACACUGUUUCUGCAGAAGUAUCUGAUAUGUUGGAAUCGGCUUCUUUUCUGAACACAAUAUAUCAACCUUUGAAAGUCUUCUUGAGAGUGAGACCCUUUUCUGUAGCAGAGCUUGAAAACCAUGAAUCUCAGGGUUGUGUAACUAUUGAAGAUUCCCAGACAGUAAUUUUUAAUGCUCCCAAAGAGUCUUCUGCAAUGAAAAACAGUGAAAGAGGGAUUGGUCAUUCUGUGCACAGGUUCACUUUUUCUCAGGUCUUUGGACCAGAAACUACUCAGAGUGAAUUUUUUGAAGGCUCAAUGAAGGAAAUAGUAAGAGCGUAUGUUAAUGGAGUGAAUGGACUGGUGUUUACUUACGGGGUUACAAAUGCAGGCAAGACAUUCACCAUCCAAGGAACAUCUAAAGAUUUUGGUAUUUUACCUCGCUCACUUGAUGUGAUUUUUAACCAUAUAAGGGGAAGACAUUACCUGAAGAUGAACUUCAAACCAUAUUUGAGCAAUGACGUUAAAAAACUAGAGGAUGCACAAGUUAAGCAAGAAGAAGCCAUAAAAACUGCUAUUCUUGCAUCACUGAAAGAGGAGGCAGAAAGCGUCUCAAAUACUAUUACAAAUACCUGUGAUGUGGGGUCAGCUUCUUACAACUGUACAUCAAAAGAUCUUCCUUCUGAUUCACUAGCAGAGGACAACUUUGUUCGACUUGGUUUAUGUAGGACUAAUAUACACCAAAGAACACAAGCAUCUGUGUGGAUUUCCUUUUGUGAAAUUUACAAUGAAUAUGUGUAUGACCUAUUAAAUGUAUUAUCUACAUCAAAAACUCAGAAGCGCAGAGUGUUAAGAAUUUGUGAGGAUCAAGGAGGAAAUUCUUAUAUUAAAGACUUGAAGUGGAUUAACAUUCAGAGCACUGAAGAAGCCUGCAAAAUACUAAAAAUAGGAAACAAGAACCGAAGUUUUGCUUGUACUAGAAUGAAUGAGCAAUCAAGUAGGAGUCACAGUAUAUUUUCCAUCAGGCUACUAAAGCUAUCUGAUGAGCAUCAGCCACGUGUUCUUGGAGUUUCAGAGUUGUCUUUCUGUGACUUGGCUGGAUCAGAGAGGUGUAACAAAACACAUACGUUUGGAGACAGACUAAAAGAAGCAGGAAAUAUUAAUAAUUCUCUUCAUAUCCUUGGAAAAUGCAUUGCAGCAUUGAAGCAAAAUCAAAAUCCAAAGAUGAAGCCAACCUAUAUUCCAUUCAGAGAGAGCAAAUUGACUCGUCUGUUUCAGCCAUUCUUUUGUGGAAAAGGCAAAGCUUGUAUGAUUGUAAACAUUAAUCAGCAUGCUUCCACGUAUGAUGAAACACUACAUGUCAUGAAAUUUUCAGCUAUAGCCAAACAGGUAAUCCAGACGGUCCUACCCAAAAGUUUUGGCUAUUUUCCACCCAAGUUAGUUGGAGGCGAUGGCAAACCUCUCAUGCACUUUGAUGCUAGCACAUCUGUAGAUGACUUUCCUGACAGUACUGAAACCUCCACAGAAGAGGAAGUGGAUAUCACUAUUCUGAGUCAUGAGGAUCUCUUGAAAACUGCAGAGAAUCUAAAGGAGAAGCUAGUUGCAGAAAGGCAAAGUAAACUCCUUUUGGAGGUGAAGAUACGUAGAGAGAUGGCAGAAGCAAUGUUCCGACAGCUGCUGGAAAUGGAGGAAGCCUGGAG